UACUGAGGUGGUAGCCGCAAUUUUGAAGUUUUGCUCCCCUGGCAAACCUUUCUGGUAAUCGCUGUAUCGUUUUACUACUAUCCUUUUAUACUGACCCACUCGUAUACUCGCCUAAGUGAAUGCUUCGACAUUCCCCCAAGAGUGUAUCACGCUAGCCAGGCAGAACAGCCAGGGCCGUACUGGCUCCAGGCCCACCGACACGGACUUCACCGACCCCAGUCUCUACGACGAGCAUGUCUCUUCCGGCUCCCCUCCCAACGCUAUCUCCAAAGUCGAGGCUACCUUCUACUAUUCGGGGAUCUCCAAUUCCCCUCCCAAGCUGGUCUACCGCACCUCGAAGGACCCCUUCGUCAUGCCCAAGGGACCAGAGGCAUAUCGUCGCUUGAAGCACCUCUAUCCAGUCUACGACCACAAGCUUGGCGACAAAUGGGGGGACCUCGGUCCCAAGGUUCGUCAUCUUCUCGACGAGCAGCAGGUCCGCCUUUCGACCAUUGACCUCGUCCGUUUCCGCACGGUCCCGGACCAACAAACACCUGUUGUUAUUGGCCCCGUCGUGAUCUGGAUCGGCGUUCUUCCCGAUAGUCUCACCGGUGAAGAUGCGUUCAAUACAGCCAACGCCAUACUAGCACUCCUCGAGGACGAGGGCAUUGCAAGCCCUAGUGCCGAGCUCUACGAACCCGCCUCAGACCUGGAUGCAACCAGGCACGUCAUUGAUCCUCUCACUACUGCGCUUGGACUUCCUAUUUCUGCUGCAAAGACGCCCCACCUUCGGGGCACUAUGGGUUUCUACUUCAAGAACGGAGACGACCUCUACGGUGUUACGGCCCGCCAUGUCCUCUUCCCAGCAGAUGAGGACAAUUCCGACUACACCUACAACCCCAGCAGGCCUCGUAAGGAAGUCCUCCUCAUGGGCACCAAGGCGUGGGACGACUACCUCAAGUCCAUCCAGAUCCGGAUCGGAAACCUUGGCACUGCAGCGGAGAUUUACAGGGAGUCGAUCAGGAGGUUGGAGGGGAGGGCGGUAGGCGAUACCCCUUUACUGGAGGAGGCGACCAAUGCUAUCGAUGAGCUUCAGGAACUCUACGAGCGGUCGAAGAAGGACUUCGGUAAGCAGAGCCAGCGUGUGAUCGGCCACGUUGUCUGGUCGCCUGCUAUCGCUGUCGGUACAGUUCCACAUAGCUUCACCAAGGAUGUUUGCGUCGUCGAGCUCGAUAAGGCCAGGUUUUUGCCUAACUUUAAGGGCAACGUUAUUGACUUAGGUGGACGGAGAUCGAGGGCGCCAAGUUCGAUGUAUCCUCGCACGCACGCGCAGUCCGGCUUCAAGUACCCAGCCGAACGCCUCCUCGUGCUCAGGGACAUUCUCGCCGAGGAUUGCAUGCGCCAUCCCAAGACGAAGGACCACGACGGCGAAAACAGCCUCUACGUCAUUAAGCGCGGCCUUACCACUCUCACCACGAUUGGUCGUGCCACUGGAUGCUUCUCCUAUGCUCGCGAGUACUUCUCCAACCAAACUCACCGGGACUCGAUUGAAUGGGCAAUACUCCCAUAUGACAGCGACUCAGGCGCGUUCUCCAAGGGCGGAGACUCCGGGUCGAUGAUCGCCUGCGGCACUGGCGAAUUCGGUGGCCUCCUUACUGGCGGGUCUGGCAGGAUGGAGUCAUCAGAUAUUACUUAUGCCACGCCGAUGUUCUGGCUCUGGCUCAUCAUCAAGGCCGAGUUCCCUAAUGCCACCCUCUACCCGGUCUUCAACUAG